GAAAAUUUGCAAGUUCCCGGCUUCCCGCUCACACUAAAACUGACAAGCCCUUGGUGCCCCUGCCUGCCCCAUGGUUGAUUCAAAAAGUUUACAGACGUUGCCGCCAUGGAUGACGUUGAUCGCCUGUUCGAGUGCUUCAAAUGUGGCAUCUCUCCACCUCAAUCGGCAACAGGAGGAAGGAAAACCAAAAAGAAGAAACUAAAGCAAGAUAAAUCAAAUGAAGAUCCAUCAACUUCUACGAAUCUCACUCCUGAAGGUUCAAACGGGAAAAAACAGCUAUCUGCAACAAAUAUCCAGAAUUUCUAUACACCAACUAUUGGAAAAAAGUUUUUCAAUAAUGGAAGCCAGUUCUCCCCCAUUGUUUUCUAUGGUUCUCCACAAGGCGUGCCUCCAAAAAAACCAGCCCGGUUAUUGCGAUUGUUACAUGAAAUACGUGUUGAACUUGCUGCACAACAUAAAUCAAGAGAUGAUGUGUGGGCCACAUUUCCAAGGCAAGAUGAGGCUAUGAAGUAUGCAAAAGACUAUGAAGGGGUGCAUAUUUUUAGUUACCAAAAUCAUGCUAGUGGACAAAGAAGGUUUCUUGUUUCAACAUACAAAGAAUUUUGGCGAAGGUACAAAAACAUGAAUUCUAAAUUUCGUCAUCAUUACGAAGUCAUUCAAGAGGGAUUACCAUGUCACCUUUACUUUGAUUUGGAGUUCAAUAUAAAAGAAAACACCGAAAAGAAUGGGGAUGAAAUGGUUGAUCUCCUUAUAUUGGUUACUUUUGAAGCCUUGUUUGAGAAGUAUUCUAUUGAAGGAGACACUAAUUGGGUUGUUGAACUUGAUUCUUCCACAAAAGAUAAGUUUUCUCGCCAUUUGAUCAUUCGUUUACCAGGGGUUGCUUUCAAGGACAACACACAUGUUGGUGCAUUUGUUACUGAGAUAUGUUCACGGAUACAUAGUUCAAGAGGAAAGGAUAAAAGAUUUGAACAAUUAUUUAUUUCAAAAGACACAAACUUUGCUGAUGUCCCUUGUCAUCUUUUUGUUGACACUGCUGUGUAUUCAAGAAACCGUUGUUUUCGUCUGCAUUUAUCAUCUAAAGCAGGGAAAACUUCAGUUCUUCUUCCCACUGAAAGGUUUAAAUGUAAGGAAAUGAGUGAGGAAGAUGUGUUCAUGGUAUCCUUGAUCUGCAAUAUAGAUGCUGAAUGUGAAAAGCUUCUAAUCUGCAAAACAGAUUUAGAUUGUGUCAAAGUUUUGCAUUUUGAUAUUGAGAAAAACAUGGAAUUUUAUAAACCAAUAACAACACGAGAAUUUAUUCCAACUUCUUGUACAAACGGCUACUUGAGUGGAAAAUCACCAUUUCCAAGAUUAGAUGAGUUUGUUGAAUUCAUUGCUACAAUAGGAGAUGUACAAGGAAAAAUUCGAAGCUGGUAUUGGUUUUCAGAGUAUGGUUUGAUGGUGUACAGCAUGUUAAGAAACAGAUUCUGUGAAAGAAUUGGCAGACAACACAAAAGCAAUCAUGUGAUGUAUGUGGUGGACCUACAAAAGGGUGGUUAUUAUCAGAAGUGCUAUGAUCCUGAUUGCAAAGGUUAUCGAUCUCCUAUGCGUCCAGUUCCACCAGAAGUGUUUCCUGAUAACAAUUAUAAUUACAUGGAGGGGGAGGGGCAAAAUGGGAAUAAAAGUCCCUUGGACAUGGACAGCUGUCAGAAAGAUGAGUGGUGGCGUGAAGCAAUGAUGGUUGCAGAUAAGGUUGAAAACAUGCCAAGAGUGCUUCACCUUGCAAAGGAGGAUGCCAUGUCAGCAGCACAGGGUGAGGGUGAAGGGUGGGAUGAGGAUGAUGAAUGGUGGAUGGCUGUGGAAAGCACUGCAUCACAGAUUGAGCUCUCAUACUGCGGACAGGCUUGAUUAUAUAUAUAUAUAU